UUCCUUGUAUAAAUAGUAAAGCUGGCAUCAACUCCUGACGUUGUUCUCAACUUUCUGCAUCACAUUGCGGACAGAGGUCGAUCGUGAACACACGCUGUGAAAAUGGCGACGUUGAAGGUUCCUCCUCAACUUCCUUCUCCAAUGGAAGACAGUGAGCAAUUGAGAAAAGCUUUUCAAGGGUGGGGAACGAAUGAAGGUUUGAUAAUAUCAAUCCUGGCUCAUAGAAAUGGAGCUCAGCGUAACUUGAUUCGCGAAGCUUAUGCUGCAACCUAUGGAGAUGAUCUUCUUAAAGAUUUAGACAAAGAACUUUCAAGUGACUUUGAGCGGGCUGUGUUGUUGUGGACAUUGGAUCCUGCUGAGCGUGAUGCCUUUCUAGCCAAUGAGGCCACCAAGAAGUUGACUUCAAACAAUUGGGUCAUUUUGGAAAUUGCUUCCACUAGAUCCUCACUUGACCUAUUUAAGGCAAAGCAAGCAUAUCAAGCCCGUUUCAAAAAGUCCCUUGAAGAAGACGUUGCCUAUCAUACUUCUGGAGACGUCCGCAAGCUAUUGGUUCCUCUUGUGAGCACAUUUCGUUAUGAGGGGGAUGAGGUGAACAUGACAUUGGCAAAAUCUGAGGCUAAAUUGCUUCACGGGAAGAUUGCAGAGAAGGCCUACAAUGAUGAGGACCUGAUCAGGAUUUUAGCAACAAGGAGUAAAGCGCAGUUAGGAGCAACGCUAAAUCACUACAACAAUGAGUUCGGGAAUGCCAUAAACAAGGAUCUGAAAACUGAUCCAAAAGAUGAAUAUCUGAAAUUAUUGAGGGCAGCCAUAAAGUGCUUGACAUACCCUGAGAAAUACUUCGCGAAACUCUUGAGGCUGGCUUUAAACAAGAUGGGAACUGAUGAAAGGGCCCUUACCAGAGUGGUGACAACCAGAGCAGAGUUUAAUUUGCAGCGAAUUUCUGAGGAAUACCAAAGAAGAAAUAGCAUUCCUCUGGACCGUGCAAUAGCCAAUGACACUUCUGGAGACUAUAAGAGCUUUCUCCUUGCACUGGCUGGACACGAUGAUUAAGUGUUCUUUAUUAUUUUGUUCAGUAGUCAUGGGAUUGCUGUUUAGGCUAUUUGCUUUUCCUCUUAUCACGUGGUUCUCAGGACAGAGGAAUUCUAUGGCUUGCUGGUAACGCUGCUUAUGAGGGGUAUACACUAUCCUGGUAUUUUUUAAAUAAUAUGUUUUGAAUAUCGGAAAUUCAAGACAAAAAGCUUUACCACUUUAAAUAAUACAAUAUUCGCUGGGUCUUUUUCUA